UGAAAGUAGUCCUUGAGCCAAAAGUCUGUAAAUAAAUUGGCAAAACAGUGUGAGCUAUUCAACUGGCAACAAGUUAGAAUAUGAACUGCAUAUUUCUUAUUUGCUCCCUGCUUGGCAUCUCUUUCGUUAUAGCGAUCGAGGCCAACUGUCUGCGGGGUACAGGCCACAUGUGGCAGCUGAAGCCACCCACCGGCACAAACAGUUGCAAUCGACCGUCAUCUCUGGCCAGAAAUGGAACAUCAAUGGGAAAACCAAUGGGAAAACCAGCAACGUCUGCAGUCGACAUUGCAGUUACUACAAUGGUAGCACCAGAUCCGGAGGUUGGAGCAACCGUAGCUGCCCCUCCUGUGGUGUUUCUGGCCAACUACGUCUAUGAGUGCGCCAGUCGUCGCACUGCAAGCAGUUGCAGUAAGCCACCAGGGUCGAAGCCUUUGCCGGAGCCGGAAUCGAAGCCGGAACUCGAAUCCGGACAGGAGCCGGAGGUGCCUAAGCCCCGAACUGUGACACUGACAACCGGCGAACUGGAAGGGUUUGGGCCAACUGAGUGAAAGGGGUUUUGCAUGCGAUUAGACCAGCUGAUGGGACGGGUGAUGUUAGCCCCAUUUAUACAUUUAUACUUCGAUGGCAAUAUAUUUCGUACGGCAAUAAAGUUAGCCAAGCCA